AGCCCAUCUCACAAUACAUCUGGCAACGGAGGAAAAGGCUUCAAGCCAGCAAGAGCUAACACGCCUAGGAAUUUAUUUCAGAAACUUUGAAAGACUCUUCUGCUUACCACCAUCUGGAAUCCACUGCAGGAAUACCAAAAAGAAAAACUCCAUUUAAAAGAAGAAGUUGGCUUCACGGACUAUAUUUUUCAAAAGUUGUUCGACGGUUACCUAGACCCUGGAUUCACGGAUAUUCUGGAGAUUAGAAGAAAAGAUUUGCCUGUCGAAGGACCAAGUGGAAACUCUGCCAACAACGAAUUUCAUGUUUCUUACCAAGAUCUCAAAGAAAAAGGAAGUAUUUCUAAAAUCGCCCAAAGAUACAAAGAACCUGCAAAUACUCCGGAGGUUAUAAAGCCGGCACAAUCGGAAUACCAAAGGCUGCAGCUGCCCCAAGGACUCCGGUACAGUAGAGCGGCCGUGCCUGUAUGAUGGUAAGCAGUAACGGCUCCAGCUGCUCCUAUGACGACUCCUUUAAGUACACUUUGUACGGGUGCAUGUUUAGUAUGGUGUUUGUGCUUGGGUUAAUAUCCAACUGUGUUGCCAUAUACAUUUUCAUCUGCACCCUCAAAGUGCGAAACGAAACCACAACGUACAUGAUUAACUUGGCAAUGUCAGACUUGCUUUUUGUUUUUACUUUACCCUUCAGGAUUUUUUACUUUGCAACACAGAAUUGGCCAUUCGGAGAUCCACUUUGUAAAAUCUCAGUGAUGCUCUUUUAUACCAACAUGUACGGAAGCAUUCUGUUCUUAACCUGUAUAAGUGUGGAUAGGUUUCUGGCAAUUGUCCACCCGUUUAAGUCAAAGACUCUGAGAACAAAACGAAAUGCAAAACUCGUAUGCAUUGCUGUGUGGCUAACUGUGAUAGGAGGAAGUGCGCCCGCAGUUUUUUUUCAGUCCACCCACAUUCAGGAGAACAAUUCCACAGCAGCCUGCUUUGAAAAAUUUCCAGAAGCCACAUGGAAAACAUAUCUCUCAAGGAUUGUAAUUUUCAUUGAAAUAGUGGGAUUUUUUAUUCCUCUAAUUUUAAACGUAACUUGUUCGAGUAUGGUGCUAAGAACUUUAAAUAAACCUGUUACAUUAAGUAGAAGCAAAAUAAACAAAACUAAAGUUUUAAAAAUGAUUUUUGUACAUUUGGCCAUAUUCUGCUUCUGUUUUGUGCCUUACAAUAUCAAUCUUAUUUUAUAUUCUCUGAUGAGAACACAAACACUUGUUAAUUGCUCAGCAGUGGCAGCAGUAAGGACAAUGUACCCAAUCACUCUUUGCAUUGCUGUUUCAAACUGUUGCUUUGACCCUAUAAUUUACUACUUCACGUCGGACACAAUUCAGAAUUCAAUAAAGAUGAAAAACUGGUCUGCUAAAAGAAGUGACUUCAGAUUCUCUGAAGUUCAGAGUACAGAGAACUUCAUUCAACAUAGUCUGCAGACCUUAAAAUGUAAGAUAUCUGACAAUGAAUCUACAAUAUAAGCUGCCUGAAAUAAAACCACUGGGACUUCACUGGGAACCUCUAAGUUCCUUCAACUGUGAACAGUUUUUUCUUGGACAACUAUUUCUCCACCUCUGAAAGAAACACGUGGACAUUUUAAAGUUAUAGUAUAAAAAAUUGUAUUUGAUGUGUUAGGCAUUAAAAUGUAUUCUAUGCUUGUAUACAUACCAUUUUAUUUUUCUGAGCCAUUUUGACUUGUACCUUCCUCUUCAUAAAAAAUCCCUAAAAGACUUGUUCAAAGCUUUAAACUAUGAUUUAAAUCAUGUUGCGA